CCUGUUGAGAAGCAUUGGAAUCAUGCUGCUUCCAUGGAAUUAUUGGAAUCAUGCUGCUAUCCAUGGAUUCAUUGAAAUCAUCUGUGGAUAGGGUUGGAAUCCAUUGGAUUCAGCGAAUCCUGAUGCUCAGCAACUGCUGUCUUGUUGUGCCCUCGCUUCGCCUGGGCCGGCACAAGCCCCUGACCGUACUGCACAAGGGCACCAGGGCCAGUGCACCAGUUCAAGGAUUCCUCUUCGCGCUUCACCUCCCGUGGAACGAGGUCCGCAUCAGCUCACAUGCUUGUGCAACUGCAGAGUGGUCGGUCAUCUCAAUAUGUGAUGCCUUCAGCUUGCGCAUUUCACAUGCAUUGGUUUGCCUUGUUGCUGUUCGCUCUUUGUGCAGUGACUGAACACAUAUUGAAACUGACAGGCAUGCUGCCGAAAAGUUGCCAUGGUUCCCGGUUGAAGAAUCACACAUGGUUGGUGGAGGGGUCAUUGCAGUGUCAAAGCGGGCGUAUGCCAGCUCAUGCAAUUCAGCGAGGAAGGCAUUUCCAGGAGCAUAACAACUUUGCAAAUAGCUUGCUGAUGGAGCGAUUUGGGUCAGCGUGACCCGCUCACAAGAUGAUAAAUUUUGAUACAUGUCUGUGUGCAGGGCAGGGGGCAAGUGCCGAGACUCAGCUCAGCUUCGGGAUGUUCAUGUUGAUGUCUGCCAGCAUGUGGGGAGCCCCACUUCCGCGCACGUCUUUGCGACGCACACCCACCUCUGAAGUUCAAGGUGGGCGCAGUCAGAGUUUGUUGUCCGGGAGGCAGCUGCACAGGUGUUUCAAGCAGGGACCUGGCUAGUUGUCGGUUUGAGGUGUUCGGCCUGCAGAAACGCUGGAUUUUAUUUGAAGUAUUCGCAAGCCGCUGACCCGCAUAAUGUCCUGCGCAGCUCAGAGAUGUGCCAACUACUGGCGGCCAGCGAACACGAGCCUGAAGCAAUGGAAGCCGACGCACAUACAGCCAAGGGGCACAAUGCGGUGAGGGUAAGGUUGUGGAAGCUGCAGAGCACGGCAAGCUGGAGGGCGCGUUGAAGGGCAGUGGUGCACAUUCUGCAGAGGACGUGAAAGAAGCGGCGGCGGCAAGGAAAAGGGCUGGCAACAUGCUGGUCACAGCUGUGGACCACGGAGACUUCGAGAAUAUCUUGAAAGAGCUCCGGGAAAAUAACUCUGGAAAGAAUGCUGACAAGACCAGACACAAGGCCUAGCUUCGCGUCCAAGCUUCGAUUACUGCGACUUAUGUCCAUCUUACAGUUUUUACACCUUACGCACAAUGCGGCAAAUCAGAAAUCAGUUGAUUUUGCAACUAGGGCUGUUUCUGUCCAUCCCUUCCGCGGCCCGAUUGCCUGCCGGGCGGCCAUGUUGCUGCCUGGUGUGGCCUUCCCCUUGCGACAGCUCAGCUCAGCUAGAGCCAGCAUGGCAUCAGAGAAUCAUAGCUGCUGGCUAAAGGACGCCCGCAUUAGAAUUCGUGACAGCGUUGCCCAGUAGAAUCGAUUUCCUGCGGUGAUCAGAGGCGGACAAACUGCGCAUGAUGGAAGGACGCAGCGAGUUCACAGUAUGUCACAGUCAGUUUACA